CCACUUCCGUUUUUCAAUCCAGAAAGCAUUGACUCGGCCUGUGUCCCCGGGCCCGAGACUCCUACUGGUGGCCAGAGCCCCUCUGCUCCUCCCAGGCAACCCUGGCCCCCCUUCCCUGGGCUGUGGGUUACGAUUCCAUUGUUCAGCCAAGAAAAGCCACUUCUGUUUCCAACCACAAAAUUCUCUGGAAUUCUCUUCAGGGACCGCUCAGCCUCCUAAAAGGGGGUCAGACAGGAGCAGUUCGGCAGACAUCUGGGAAGGGCCCAGCUCCGAGGGCCAUGAAGAGCUUUCCCCUGGUUCCUCCCAUUCUCCUGGCCUUCCUCCUGAGCGUCCACACGUACGUCCUACGAGACAGUGACACGGAAAAGUCAUGCUGUUUCCAGUACAGCCAUAAGAUGAUUCCCUGGAACUGGGUGCAAGCCUACCAGUUCACCCAGAUCAGCUGCCCCCAGCAGGGCGUGAUAUUCACCACUAAAAUAGGUGAGAGAGUCUGCGUCCAACCGAAGGAAAAAUGGGUGCAGAGAUACAUUUCUCUGUUGGAAGCUCAGAAAUAAUCGUGACUCUGCUGAGUUUCCAGUCCAGGGACGCCUGGACCCUGCUCUUGGCCCUGUUCCCCUUGGUGGAGCUGGGGCAAUCUCUGCAGAGGGCCUCCUGGCAGGGAGGGAAGCAUGAUUUCCACCAGAGUUUUUCUUCUUUUUUUUAAAUAAAGGUUUUUCAUGAAGAUUUGA